AUGUAUAACCAACGUAUACAUUGGGCUAAACCCUUCUUGAAGGAUACUUUCUUUGCUGGUAUGACCACAACCGGACGAAUUGAGUCUCGAAGGGCCGCCAAAGAAGAUGAAGACUUCAAGACUAUGAACUCGAGGCCGGUUCUUUCUUCAGUUCAUUCAAUCAAAGCAAAAGCAGGAAAAACUGCAGAAGAAAGCACAUAUCGAGUUGGGCAAUUGGAUGUUGAUAAAAGAUAUUGGUGCAUUGUUACCUUUCGUUCUUUGGAUCAAGUCAGCAUCACAUGUUCCUGUGCUAAGUAUGAGACAAACAUGAUUUUAUGCAAACAUAGCCUAUAUGUGAUGAAAAAGAAGCAUGUUAAAGAACUCCCGAGUCAAUAUAUUUUACCACGAUGGACCCUUAAUGCUAGGUACAAACUGGGUAGUGCUAGUAUUGGACUCGGAGAAAUGAAUAAUGAAAAUGGAGUUAGUGCAUACACACUAUGGUGUGUCCGUUCAAAUUUUACUAAACUAAUUGAACAAGCAAGAGACUCCCCUUCAGAGAUACAAAAAGUCAAUAUGCUAUUGAUAAGUCUUUUAGAUGAUCAAUCAAAUCGAAAGAAAUCUAUGUCUUUGGAGAAUGCAUCUCAAGGUUCUUGUAUGGGAGUUUCGCAAAUAGAUAUGAUGCCAUAA